UAGCGGCUGAUAUCGAUCCCAUGAUGCUCUGCGACAUGUUGCGCCAAGUUUGUCUUGUUUGUUUUGCGAAUAAAAUAGAUAGCAAAAUAAAUUUCUUCUUUUCUGGGCAAUAUGAAAAAUUUCAGAGCAGAUGUAAAGAAUUUCCUGGAAUCAGUUAAAGAACUUUUAUCAAAAUAUCAGAAUGAUGUGCAGGCAAGUGUCAUCUUCAAAGACUACAAGUUGUCCCUUGUGGACUCUGAAUCGCAAGAAUUAGCAGAACUACUUGGAUCUGCUCAAAAUCCUCAGAGGAAUGCAAACGUUAUCUUAGUUCAGCAGGAUGACUCUUUCAAGUACUUCGGAAAAGAUGAAAAUAGUUUGGCAGAUGAGUCACUAGAUGACACGGAUAGAUCCUAUGUUGGCAGCAAUGGCGGCAAAGAUCCAGAAGAAUGCAGAUCCUUUAGCCCGGUAACUCUGGACAAUGCUAGAUAUGUGCUGUCUCUCCACAAUGUAUGCAACAACCCACACCUUGCCUCAUUACGCGGCGCAGACGAAGAGGCAGAGAAUACAUUACCAGAAAUGGUGGUGUGCUGCGAUGGAAAGGACCCAGACCACAUCGCUGUGAUGGCAUGCUCAUCAGCCAAUCAGAAGGCAAGGUCAUCAGGGGAGGGUAAAGGUCAAAGGUCACCUGGUGUGUCAGUGACAACUGUGUCAUGCUUUGGCCCUGUGACAUCCAAGUCUAAUCUACUGACUGUUGAUCAGGUAAUACAACAGAAUGGAGGACAGCCACACAAGGAUGAUGUGACUACCUCUGCAUUUGCCCAGUAUGAGAUUGUGGGAAUGACAUACCAUGAGAUGUCAGUCCUGGAGCCAGCCAGUCACUCUCAUUAUACGUCGGUCACUAUGGAUUGCAGCUGGGAGCAUGUCAAGGGCAUGUUGGAGAAACCUCACAGUGCCAAAUGCAAUGUGCAUGUGAGUGCUGUACCAGGAGAUAUGAGAAGUGCAGCCUACAGUGUGUAUAGAGAGCUCGCAACAUUAGUGGGUUUUGUUGAGGGAUUAAAAACAGAAGAACUGGAAUGGAAUACGAAGGAGUCAUCAGGUGAAUCAGUAGAGGAGGCUGUAACCAGACUGAUAGAGAGAGAGAAGCAAGGGCCACAGAGAAAGCAGCAGCCCCAGGUUGAAACAUCCCUUGAGAGCGGUGAGACUGAUUUUGAUUCCGUCCUCCGUGGUUACGUCAUUCCUGAGCGUCAAGACCUCUACUUCUCAGAGAGUCUCUGGAGUAUCUUGUGGUCCAAGGCAACGUGUUACAACGACGCCAUCAAAGCCUUCUCCACCGUCUUCUGGGAACUCAAGACUGGAGAACUACAGCCUAUUGUGCAUAGUGAUAACCAGAGCACCUUAGCUAAAGCCAUCCGUGCUUCCUACCAACAACAGAUGCACACAGUCAGUGUGGAUGAAGUGGCUACACUGACCAUGCUGGUUGAGAUUGGUCUGGACAAACUCAGACGAGACUACACCAACUUCUUCAUCGCCAGUGAGUUGACAACAUUGAACCAGCUUCAGUGGUUUCUGCAAUCCGGCGAGACUUGUCCAUUGCCGGAGCAGGUGUCUCGUCUUCAAGCCUUGCAUAACGUCUUAGAGGUUGCUGUGGUCUCAGUGACAUCACUGAAACUACCUCCAGAGCACCGUAGAGUUCUUGUCAGGUCAGCCUUAGCCUUCUACCAGUCUCACCCUCAUGAUGACAUGCAUACAUUCACUCUCCCCGUCCAGGCAACUACAGUACAAAGCUUGUAUACAAGCUUCCAACCCUCUUUGUGGCGAUUAACAGUAAAGGGUGGUUCAGGCACCAGUGUUUCCUAUCAACUGUCAAUGAAGCUACCCUUAUCUCAUAUAACUGGACUAGACCAAGAUAUAAGUAUGGGAGACCUUACCAGCGCUGGUUCUUUCUGUUACUAUGUGACUCACACAAAAGAAAGUACUGCUUCAUUUCUAUGACGAUAAGAAACAUUGAACUGACCGAACUCUACUGAAGCAAACUCAUGCGGCAGCAACUUUGACCUAGAGGGUGCUCUUCAACAUGAUGAGAAAAACACCAAUAUCCCAUACCAGACCCCCCGACAGUUUUCACAAUGUUCAGUCUUGUCCCAGUUUGAAUGUGGUUUACUUCUAUAUAGCAUGGGCCAUUCUAUAACGCGGUCCAGCCUUGACAUUAAGAAGCUUAUAGCACAGAGUGAAGACCGUAUACGUUCCACACUACACAUGCUAUCACUGCCAUAUGGUCCCAAAAUCCAGAUCCAUGUACACAUGUAUAGCUUAUGGGCUAAAUUCUGUUUAUUGCAGUAGCUGCCGUUUAACCAUACCAAUAAAAUGAACAAGUUAAAAAAAAGCAUAACAGCUAAAAACGAAACAUUGUUUAUCUUUUAACUUCACAUUGUCAUAGCUUUCUGUUAUUUCCAAAUGUAUUGUGUUGUUAAUUUAUGUAACAACAUGGUUAACAACAUGGUUAUCAGUCAUAAGCUAUAAUAAGAAUAAUAAUAAUAAUUUGGGAGGCUAAUCAUCCUUACUCGCAGCUGGUAUGCUGAAUUGCGAAGGACGCGGCUACUACGUUUUUCAUAUUAACUAUGAUUUAUUUUUCAUUGAUUUUCCAACAUAAUGCUCGUUUUCCUCUUUGUAAAUAUUAAUUUUGUCUUUUUCUAUACAUUUAUAUGAACAAUCUUGCUCUGUUACAUAUGUAUCCUACGUGCACACAUUAAACAGCAUAGAUAUGUACAUGGAGCCGUUUCUUAUACAUUUCUUUUUUUGAAUGUCAUUUAUUUUGUAAUUUAAUAAUUACUGAUUUGAGAGGUUGUUAUCUGAUGUAAAUUACAGUCUUGCGGAUGUUGUCUCAGA